GCUUGCAGUUGCACUCGACAGCAAUGACGGGCUCAACCGUCUCUCUUGAACCACUCAGCUCUCCCUCUCCAUCACCGCCGCCGGCCGACGUCUCACAUUCAGCACCAAAUUCUAAUAACAGCGGCGCCGGCCUCGACAGUGGCUCUGAGCUAUCCGAACUUACCGAGGAGGAGCAGGAGGAACGGGGCGAGGACAGGAACGAGGACAACAAGAAGGCCGACUGGCGGGCUCGCUCCGUUAGAGUCGUCAAAGAGGAAGAGGAAGAGGAGCAGUCAGGUCCUGCAAAAGCGAUGGAGGAGGAGGAAGACGAGGACCAGGAUGGGCAGGAUGAUAUGGACCCGCCCACAGCGGCCGCGGAUGCACAGAGCGACAACGACGGCGAAGACGAACCCGACGACGAUGACGACGACGACGACGAAGAGGCGCCUGGCCAUGCGUCCGACGACGACGCGCCGCGCGUGCGCGAUCCAGACGAUGCUGCGGAUGAAAAUGAAUUCGGCGCAGAAGAAGAGGACGAGGACGAGGAUGAGCAGGAGCAGGCGCCUCCCAGUGGCGUGCCCUCGCGAGUCACCUCUAACAAGGGUGGCACAUCCCCCGACCUCACGGAUGACGACAACGCCGAAGACGAAGACGCCGAGGAUGAGGCUGCCGACGACGAAGCACCUGCCGCCGACGUCGUUGGUGAUGACGACGCGAAUAUGUCUGUCGCGGUCCGACCGCCGACCCCCCUUGACGAUGACGGCCCAGCGUUGGACGAUCGGGCAACACCCAUGGACAUCGAAGAGACCUCGGCCGAUUCUCUGUUAAUGCCAACUAUCACAGCGCCGUCCUCAAUCAUGGCCGGCUCUACGGUGGUCGAGCCGCUGUUGCCGUCGUCGUCAUCGUCAUCUGCGUCGUCCGCUGCGUCGUCUCGGUCUGCGACUCCGGAGCCUGCCUCCGAGCUUGAUGCCGCAGCCAAGAAAACCGGUGGGCGGAGGAAUAGGAAGGGCAAGACACGAACGCGGGGAGGGCGCAAGGCCAAGGCGGACGCGGCUGCUGAUCUCGAUGCGGAUGCCGAACAAGCGGCCAUCGCAGACAUUGACGAGAUUGAGGCCGUCGACGCAGAAGAGGCGGACCUGGGCACGCCUGAGCUCGAGCUCGAGUCGGAUCUCCAGCCGGCACACCGUGCGGAGGCGCUGGACGUGCUGGCGCAAAUCGAGUUGAAGUUUGCGCUGCUGAGGGAGCGUCUGUACGUGGAGAAGAUGGAGGAUCUCGCAUGGGAGGAGGGUCUGGUGGCCGACGGCACACACCCCGAAAUGCUACAUCUACAGGCUGAACUAUCGAAGAGACGCGACAAGCGGAUUGAGCUCGCGUCGCAACGACGCGACUAUGAGAUUGCAAAUGUCACAAAGCGUCGCAAGUUGGACGAGAACGCCGUGUGGAGUUGGUGGAAGUGCGCGCGGGAUGAUCUCCAGACAGACAUGAUCUCCGAGACCAAUCGAAAGAGGCGGAAGUUGGAGAGAGAACGACGAGCACUAGAACGGCCUCUGCCUGAACGCCCGAUACCACCUCCACCGCAGGACAUUCGUUCGCCGCCGACACUACACGAUAUCGUCAAAGCAUACCCGUUCGGUUCGUCAGCAUCGGGUGCUCAGUCUUUGCGCAACAGGGGCCGGAGCGGUCCGGCAAUCCUUGCAUAUCCCCAGCUGACAACGCUCGCACCGAAUGACGUUGGGCGGGAUCUGGAGUUCCUUUACCAGCAUCGGCGUGUCGCAGCAGGGUUCGACCCUCAUCGACCGGCGAUGAUGAACUCCGGCUUUGGUGGGCCAAUGCCGCCCCACGGCUACGAGUAUUCAGUAAAUAUGGCUAUUCUAGACGGGCCCGGUACGGGAGGACGAUUCGGGCUCGGUCCUCCUCAAUUUCCUCACUAUUCGCAGAUCCCAAAUGGUCAACCUAUGAUGCAGGGCUUCCCCGGGCAGGUGCCGCGCCUGCCCCAUCACCAUUCAGCACCAGCUGGUAGCUUGCCCAGCUUCCACCCAUCAUCGCAAAUACCGGUGGAACCGGAGAUGCCGCCUCUUCACCACCUCGAUGCAGGACCGGGACCGCAUAUGCAGCAAUAUGUCAAUGUGGGAGGCAUGCCGGGCAACUUGAUGCGACGCUCAAUAUCUCCUGUACCUGUGCAGACACUGAACGGCGCGGGACCUGGGGUGCCGAUGACGAUCGGCGCGUUGCCGCUUCCUCCCGGGUUUGCAGGAUCAAAAACGAAUGGAUGGAGUGGUGCAGGUCCGUUGGGGCUGAGCGCAUUAUACGGGAAGGAAAUCAGGCAGCAGAAUAGCAUGUCUGACGGGCGGGAGCGCGAGAAGGAGCGGUAUCCGGAGGGCCAGAUACCUCAAGACAGAGAGCGUGAGAUGGAGAGGGAGCAGGGGAGAGAGUUACACAUGCAGAUGAUACAGCAGCGACAUGUGAAUCACCAGCAUACACACCAGCAUGUGCAUACUGCGCCGGGGCAGGCGGCGCACCUUCACCUUGGGCCGCACCAUCACCAUUACCAUCACCAUCAUGUCCACCACCACCACCUCCCGCAGCAGGCAAACGGUCAAGGGCAGCCAAUGUCUGCGAUAUCGUCGAAUGUGGCUGCUGGCCCGAGUACUGCAAGUUCACGCAUACCUCGGGAGGCCGAGCCUCGACGGCCGCACUCUGGAACGCCGAACGACAUCUCUGAGCUUACGGCUGGCCCGUCGAAGCAAGUCAUGGCAUCUCCCCGUUUAUCUCCGGAUGUACCCCGCGACCGCGGACGGCCUCCAGUGGUACCGCCCGUAGGACCCCACGAGCGGCUGAUGACACCCUUCGUGAUGACACCGACGCAAGCAAUGCAGUCCGCCUUCUCUGGCUCACCGAGAAACGGGCAUAUCUCACUAGCAGCACCAGCCUCCGCGGGGCAUUCGAGGCGCUCCUCGUGGAGCGCACCAGAGGGGCAUAACGUCCCACGCCCUGCAUCGGCCGCAUCGACGGGACAUGCAGCACCGGCAAAUGCUGCAAAUCGCCCACUGACUACGCGUAGGCCACGGACACCGAGCAAUAAUGUUGUGAGUUCAUGGGCGAAAUCGCCCCGGGCCAUACCAAUGGAAAUUGGGGUGUCCACAUCUAUUCAUGCUAAUGGUCUGCCACAAUCUGGAAGAAUGAGUCCUCCUGGUGUGAAUUCUGCAUUCCCUGGUGCAUUGCGCUCUCCUGUGCGGCCGAUACCACAACUACCGCUAGCAACGCAACUGCCACCACCGCCAUCGCUCACGCCAUCUACUCGGUCCCCCAUACGUCCUGCCAGUCCGCCUGUGCCGAACAACGAGAGCCCCAAUUUGAAGACUCUCGAGCGGACCUCGUCACCUGGAAAACAAAAUAAACUUCCCUUAAGGCCUGCAGGGAUGGCGAGUCCGGAACAGCAGGUAGGCGGCAGCGGGAUAUCUCGGCCACCUCCUGCGAUAAGCCCUACAGCGAAUGUUGUGAAUAUACGGACAUCAUCUCCGGUAUCUUUGUUCCCUCCUUCUUCUACUUCUUCCUCCGCGCCGGUUACGGCGAGUCAGCCGCACCCGCCGCGGAUAGCAAACGGUGCAAUGGCAGAAAGCCACCUCGGUGGGCCAACGCCGAAGGCCGUCCCUGUAGAUGGGUCCACUUCGUGACACCUGUACAUAACUCUCCAUCGAGUCUCUCAUUAUCCGUCCUUCCUGUCUAUUCGUUACAUAUUGUGGAUUUCGUUUCUGUGUAUGAUCGAAGCAUAUGUAUCGCGUAAUGUUACCAUGCUCUACUCUAUGCCAAUCUCUUGAGAAUGUGUGCUCCUCUGUGUCGG